UUACUUAUCGUUCCUAUUCGUUAUCGGGGAAUAAUUUAAAUACAUGAAAUGUUUUUUUGUCUAUCAUAGUUUAUGAUAAUCAAUGAGAUAAGAGCUUUGACGCGAUGUAAAAAAAAAGGGGAAAAAAAAAGAAAAAAGAAGAAGAAACGAAGUAAACAAAUAGUUAAAUAUAUCAUUCGAUGGAAUGACAUGUUAUAUAUGUAGUGCAGCCAUCAUAGGUCGAAGAGGAAAGAAGCACGAAGUAGAGAGGUUCAAUAUUUACAUCGACGAAAUGGAUCUAUUACCGGAUUACUCGACCCCCGUGGCUUUUUAAUUAUGUAAGCUCGAAUAGAUCGAGACAUCUGCUACCCCAUAGAAAAGCAUUGCUUGCCGAAAGAUCUCUCCCUUUCUCUUUUCCCCUCCUCCCUUCUUUUUUUCGAGUGAUGUAUACCGGGAGUAUCAAUUACAUUGUUAUUACCGUUGGCUGUUCCAAAGAUGUGGUCGCAAGAUAAUGCACUGUUAUAAGAGCAUGCACAUAAAAGAGGGGCAGGUACAGCGUUAAACCGCCACCACUACUGGAACUAAUGCAAGAGAGUUCCCUUAUGCGAAGAAAGCGAUAGCCAUCGGUUCUUGUGCAACUAUGCGUCUAAUUUGGAUUUACUACAAAAUGGAUAUUCCUUAGCGAAAAAAAAAGUGGGGUGAGAUCCAUACGCUCACAUGUAUAUAUAAAGCAACGUAGGGCGAAGCCCUACAAUAUUUUCUUUACUAAGUCCGUAUUCUAUCUUUCUAUCGGGAUGAAUUCGUUCCAGAGAUCACGCUCCGAAAAGAGUGACUUUAGUAUAGCACGAAUUUUGUCUGAAGAUAAUGAUAAGGACAACGUAACGUCGCGGGAUUCGAAAAAUCGUGUUAAUGUCGUUCAUCAAUUUUAUCAAGGCCAGAACAUAACUGAAACUAUCGUUCAUCGCGAUAUUACAAAAGUGUCAAAUCUCGAGGACACGCGUUUUUUCAAUUCAAAGCAAUGUCAACGAAGGACGAUCGAUCAAGGCUCAGACAAGAUGAUAAACGAAGAAGAUGGUACAAAAGAAAUCCAGGAAACUGCGCAGUCGCGUUCGAUCAAUGCGUACGAAGACGGAAAACACGAGAUCGACACGUCUUACGGGGAAAUUCAAAGAAAUGAGCUUGCCUGGUUACAAUACACGAGAUAUAGACCACCGAAAUUACCUAGAAGAAGCUUAAUAGGGAGAAAUGCUAAAAGACGUCCAGGAGUACAUCCACGGAUACCUUUCUCUUCAUUUCAACUUCAAAUUCUUGAGGAAAGAUACAAGAAAAAUGCUUAUUUAUCAAGGAGAGACGCGCUCGAUAUAUCAAUGUCAUUGAGACUACCUCAAAGUAGAGUGAAGAUUUGGUUUCAAAAUCGUCGUGCACGGGAUAGACGAGAAUCAAAUAAUGUUAUGGCAGUUACGUAAGAGAAGAUAAAAGUGAUAAAAUGCAAUAAUCAUGAUGGGACGAAGGAAAUAGGAAAAUAAAAAUUAAUUAAUA